AUGGACAGCGGAUUGGACAGCGGGUCGGACGGCGAGUUGGAGAGUUUAGAGAGUUCCCUAGGUUGGUCGGACGAGGACUCGACGUUGUCGGAGUCGACGAGUUCUACGGGUUGGUUUCGCGACAGCGACCGCGCGGCGACGUUUGUGCAGUGCCUGGUCGCGCAGGACCGGUUGGGUCGCACUCCGCUGGUUUACGCGGUGCAGCAUCGCGUGCGGACGUCGGUGGAGUGGCUCGUGCGACACGGACCCGUGGAGUUGCUCACAAUGCGGUGCGAGCGCAAGUGGACACCGCUGCACUACGCAGCGUUGGCCGCAGAACAGACAUUCACAAGCACCGUCAUGGACAAACUGCUCGAAGUCGAUCCGCAGUUCGCAGCGGUCCCCGAACCUCCGCGGCAGGCCCCCGUUCCCUUCACCCCCACCGUCUUCUCCCCCGACCCCGUUGUGCCCGUCAAAGUCGCGGUCAUCGACGAGGAGCGUGAGGGAGAGACGAUGGCCACCCUCAGACGACAAAAAAGCACCAACGUGUUGGGUGGAAACGGAGACCGGAACGGGGACCGCCGGCAUGGAGUCAAGAGUCCGAGGAGCGACGGUUCGCUCGGUUCACCCAGAGGGAGCCCCCUGCCCAGAUCACACUCGCGACGGUCAGCGAGAGCGAAUAAACCCACACGGAAAGGAACGUUCACCACGAGGCGCUCCAUGGGCCAUGACCGCCAGACUCAGUUUACCGAGGGACGCAGUCCCACCAGGGGAGCAAGUCCUGACGGGACUCCUAAGAAAGGUUAUGGAAGGAGGUCGAGUGCUGAAAUGCGUGAGAGUACGGUGACGUUGUUCAAAGUGCCACCACGUAGGAGCGCGGUGUUUCGUGUGCAGUCUGAGGGAGGCUUGCAUCCAUAUUCUUUGGCAUUCCUACACGGGAACGAGGAGGUGAUAAGUUAUUAUCGGAGUAUUUACGGGGAGGAACCGUUGUUGGUUUUGCAUGAAGAGAUUGCUUUGGAGGCGGCGAAAACGGGUCGUGUGGGUGUCCUGUCGCGGUUGAUGAAUGAAGGCUAUCACGUGACUACGCGUACCUGGUUCGCAGCCGUCUUCUCAGGCCAUUUGGACGCGAUUUCCUUCCUCGGUAUUAUGCAGCCUUCACUGACCAAUGAAGUGGACAAGUUCGGGCGGAACGCCUUCCACAUUGCCGUGAUCGCCGGUGCACCGCAACCCGUCCAACUUCUUAGACACCAGUUCGAUUGCAACCGGAAACAAAAGAUGAAGGUUUCUCUCGACCACCUGCUGGGAGGAGAAAAUGUUGUCCCCCGGUGGCCGACAGACCCGCGGUGGCCGACAGACCCGCGGUGGCCGACAGACCCGCGGUGGCCGACAGACCCGCGGUGGCCGACAGACCCGCGGUGGCCGACAGACCCGCGGUGGCCGCCCAGCACUUCAGCCCCCGGCCCUGGCGUGGGUGUCGGCACCGAGGUUGGUCCCGGUCCUGAUACCGGUCCUGGUCCUCAUACCGGUCCUGAUACCGGUCCUGGUCCUGAUACCGGUCCUGAUACCGGUCCUGGUCCUGAUACCGGUCCUGGUCCUGGUACCGGUCUGGCGUCCCCCAACCUGGGGCCGUCGUAUAACGGCUGUCCCAUUAUGUUCUGCUUUCCGCUGCAGACGGGAGGGCAGCUAGCACCUGUGCCCUCACCACGAUGCUCGCCCAGGUCGAUCCGGAGUCAUUCGACGGGUCCGGCGAGUUCAGAUGGGUCGCCUUGUGCCGUGGAGGAAGAGGCAAAGCUGCCGGGAACGAGGAUCACGGACAUCCCGCAACUGCAGCUUCGACUGCCGCUCCGGCCCGAUCUGCCGGGCGCCCGUGCGUGGACCGAGCGGGUGCUAUCGUCGCCGACAUGUUCGUCGCCGAAUUCAAUUCUGUCCUCGCCCUUUCACGCCGAGGAAGGAACAUCGAAAUCGCGUGUCCCGGAGAAGGAGACCCCCAUGGCCCAAACUCCCAAGGCUCAGACCCCCAAGGCCCAGACGGAGACCCCGAAGGGAGGGCGAAGGAGGGAGGACUCGCCGAAGCUGGACGCGUCAACCCGGGUUGGUGGGUCCAGCCGUCUGGUCCGACAGCGGUCGAGUCCGCAAGGUUCCACUGUGCAAAGCCCGGCCACAAAAGACUUGUCGAGAGCUGUCACUCAUCAUACCGACGCCUGGCCCACAACGAAUGUCUCCAGGUCGAACGUCUGUAGGUCGAAUGUCUCUAGGUCGAAUAUGGCAAGGUCCAAGACGGGAGCCCCGCGGUCGAGAACACCCAAGAGGACGCCUGUGUCACCAAGAGCCACUUUUUCGCUGGGGACCGGGACUUUGUCUCCGGGCUCUUCCGGAGCGACUUUGCCGGACAUCACUUCUCCGGUGAUGACUCCGCCGGGAGCGACUUCGUCGGAAAUGGUAUCGCCGCGGUUGAUGUCGCCGCGGUUGACUUCACCGUCGAGGAUGAGUAUUGCUCCGCAGUUUACUUUGCGGCAGUUUCCGGAUAUUCGGAUGGGUGGUCCGAGCGAGGACUCGUGGUCGGCGGUGUCGAGUAGUCCGGUACGACGGCCGCCAGGGCCACGAGUGUAUGACCUGACGCCGUUAAUGCUUGCGGUGGUGUUAAAUCGAACGUCGAUCUUUUAUCAGCUCAUCAAGUAUGAAGAGCCAGACGAGAUUCUAAUCGAAGAUAUGAAAUGGACACUGAGCCAUUUUGUUGCACAAUUCGGGAACGUCGAGAUGCUGAGGAAACUCGUCUGCUCGGGCUACGAUUUGCGACUACGGGACGCGCAAAACAGGCUACCACUAAACAUCGCACAACGUCGAAGCAGGGGAACGACCAAAAGGAUCUUAGUCUUUUUGAAAAACAGUAUUUUGGGAUGUUAA